UUGGUUUUCAGUGAUUCUUUUGAUUUAUUAACAAAUAUGCCUGAAGUAGAUGAAUGCAGAGAGCUUGCGACGAUCAAGGAUUGGCUUUGCAAGCAGCCACAUCUCCCCAAUGAUGUCGAUGACAUCCUACUCCGUCGCUUCCUGACGAGCUGUCACUUCAGCCUGGAGCGCGCGAAGCGGUUAAUCGACCACUUCUUCACGGUUCGCGCCAGUGCUCCCGACCUGUUCUGCAAGCGAGACCCCUGGUCGCCGGAGAUCAAGCGAGUGUUCGAGAUCACGGACAUGCUGCCUCUCCCAAACAAAACACAACAGAACUACAAAGUGUUCAUCUACCGCCUGAACAACCCAGACUUGGAUCUCUUCAACUUUGUGGACGCUGUCAAAACGUUCUUUAUGCUGGCUGAUACCAGGCUGACAGAAGACAAUGAUAUACCGACAGGAGAAAUCCCUAUCUUCGACUCAGCGAACGUUUCUCUCAAGUUUAUUAGCAAGAUCAAUCUCUCUGCUCUCAGAAAAUACAUGAUCUACACUCAGGAAGCGAUGCCGAUCCGACUAAAGCAGGUCCACGUGAUCAACGCGCCGUCCUACAUCGGAAAGAUCUUCGCUAUCUGCAAGCCAUUCCUGAAGGCCGAAGUCUCCAAACUGAUAAAGUUCCACGAGCCGAACUCAGACACGUUAUACAAGGACAUUCCUCAGGAGAUCCUGCCGACGGAGUACGGAGGGAAGGCCGGCUCUAUCGAGCAGAUCAAACGGGAGUGGAUCAAGAAGAUGGAGGCCAAGAGGGAUUGGUUCCUGACAAACGACCAGCGAUGGGCAGUUGACGAGUCGCAGAGGCCGACAGGGGGCCAUGACGACAGGAUGGACAAAGUCAGGGAGCUGCCCGGGUCAUUCCGAUCACUCGCUUUAGAUUAACUUUAAUAUAGUGUGUGUUUUCAUUUGUUAUGGGCAAACAACUUGGGCAUUUUCGUGUAGUAGCUAAUAUGGGACGGUUUAUUUGUACGAUGCUUUGAAAAUUGGCUGAUUGCAUACAUUAUGAAUAUUUGGCCCACAUGGCACAUAGACUUUAAAUAUUAAUUUGCGGGACUGACGGUUUGGUAUCCAUGUUCCAUCGACUAUCAAAGUCGUGUGAUAUGCUGUGCUAGUCUUGUGGUAAGACCACAGGACUCUCAAAUCACAAGUUUUGAGUUCGAUCCCAAGGUACACAACGACUUUUUGAAUAUUAUGGACGUUCUAGCUAAAAUAUGUAUACUUAACAUUACUCAAGUUGUUUGCCUCUGGAUAAGUAAUUCGAAAGUAUUGCUCAUUUAUUAUCACCUCAGAGGGAUAGAAUAUGUUUUAAAGGAUAGAUAUAAUUAGUUUAAAAGUAAUGUAAAAGGUUACAGCGUUUAUUGUUUGUUUUAUCACGUCGUAAUAGCAAUGUAAAGUGGUAUAUAAUAAUGUAGGGUUGCCACUUACCAAAAUAUGGUGAUAUUUGUUACAAGAGCCAGUUCAAAGUUUCAAAUGGGCAUAAUGCUGAUAUGUAAUUAAAGACUUACUCUAAGACAAGAUAUCAUGAGAUUUUUGAUAACGUUUUUUUAAGCAGUUACAAAUCGAAGAACUAAUAUCUUUUUUAAAAAUUGCUGAAUGUAACUGUUGAGUUACUUUGUUAAAAAGCCUCAUGCCUAAUACCUGAUUAAACUUUCUGAAAAAAAAAAGAAAUAAUAUGGUGCGGAAAAGAAAUAACCUGUAAUAAAUAAAUAAACUUUGAAUCGUAGAAUCCAGUAAGAAAGAAUUCCAAAAAUUAAACCAAGUUUCGUUCUUCAGAACAAGUGCUGACCAUUUUCCGACUUUAAGAGAAAUUAGAAUUUUAAAUAAUGUUAAUAUAUUGUAAUAUACCUCGUAGUACGGUAUUUUACCUAUUUGCAUGUGAUAUUUUAAUUUACUUAAUUUUUAUAUGGUUAUGAUAUUAAAUACAUUUUGUAACAUACAAAGCAGUUUAAUUUAGCUAUCGGCUGAUGAAUUAGGAAAAGGUAAAUUAAAUUAAAUUAUUUUAAGGGACCAUUGAGAAACGGUAAAGUAGAACCUGGAUUCAAAAAUUUUAAUUAAAAAAAAACCUCCCCGUGCACAAACCUGUGUCAAACAUAGUCUGUGUCCACCUGUGGGACGUAUGUAUUCUGGUAUUAUUGUAUUAUAAAU